AUGAUCGGCAGUGUCAUACUAUACACUAAAGCGACGCAGAUCAAUGAUCUACAAUAUGUGGACGCGUUUUUCAUGAGCUUCAGUGCCAUGACAGGAACUGGGCUCAGCGUGCUUGAUCUCUCUACUUUAAACACUCUACAACAGGGCACUCUCUGGACACUUUUGAUCUUGGGUCAUGCUAUCCCUAUCCACGCAGUCAUUGCUUUCCUCCGGGCUCUGACCCUCCGCUCUGUCCUGAAAGUUAAUUCAGACAGGAAAAGACGGUGCCAGGCCACAAUUCACAAACAAAUCCUGCACGUACAAGAGAAGGAGGGCCAAGAGAACGAUGAUAGUGCUAUUUCUGCCAAAAUUCCGAGCCCAUUGAAAACACACAUCACAGGGAGGGAGAUCUAUGCAGACCUGCCAUCUCCAGAUGUGCCUCAGAACGCUCGUCACUUCAUCAUCAUUGCCAACCCAUCAGAUCCCUGCCAGAGCCGACAUUUCCAUUUAACAACAGGAAAUGGUCACAAAUCUCCCUUCGCUGACAUGAACUUAAGCUUUUCAUGGAUUCUGAGUAGAUUGAAGACCAACCUUCAACGCUCGAGCGGGUCAAUCGACCCCGAGGAACCCGGUUGGGUAGAGUACAAGGCACUCAUACUGAUAUCAGGGUUUACAAUGAUCUACACCAUCUUGUUCCUUUUCAUCGGCAUUUUGAGUAUCGGGCUUUGGUUGAAACUUUACCGCCCAGAUAUCCCACAAGCAGAUGGAAUCUCCCCUGUCUGGGCGGGUACUUUCCUUGCUACAUCCGCACUUGUCAACAAUGGAAUGUCUCUUAUCGAUGCUAAUAUGGCACCAUUUCAGCUGGAGCCUACUCCUCUUCUCAUUUGCGGCAUCCUGGUUCUCUCUGGAAAUACGCUGUUCCCAUGCAUAUUAAGAUUUGUGAUCUGGGCCAUUCGAAAAAUGAUACCAGAUAGACCAAGGUGGCGAUUGUGGCGCCAAACUUUCGACUUUGUUCUUACCCAACCUCAAAGUGUGUGUACUUUUCUCUACCCGGCUUUGCAUACCUGGUUCUUGUUCGCUACAGUCCUGGUUUUUAAUGGCAUUAUGUGGGGAGCAUUUGAGCUUGCCUCUUUCCGCAACAGCGAAAUUGCGGCCCUCCCUUUCAAGUACCGUGUUCUCGAUGGGAUUUUCCAGUCUUCUGCUGUACGUGGUUGUGGGUUCUCUAUUGUGACAUUCGUCAAUCUACCACAGGGAUUGCUUACUGUCUAUCUCUUUAUGAUGUAUCUCCCAUCUUUUCCAUUUUCAGCCGUCUUCAGAGGCACAAAUUCACACCAGAGGAGGCCUAAGAAGAUUCCAUGCGCCGAGGCUGGAGAUCCUUUCUACCAAUCUUCAUUCGGCGUCUCAAACCACUCGAUUCUCGCCCGCAGUCAAGUCUAUUACCAGCAACUCCGCUUCCAAUUAGGCCACGAUGUAUGGUGGCUUAGUUUUGCCGUCCUUCUCAUCUGUGUCGCUGAGUCGGAUCGUUACAGCUCCGAACCUUUGGCGUUCUCCACUUUUAAUAUUAUUUUCGAAGUUGUCUCCGCUUACAGCUAUGUGGGUGUCAGCGUUGGAUAUCCCGGCAAAAACUAUUCGUUCUGUGGGGAAUGGUGUUCAUUCAGCAAAGUCUUGCUGAUAUUUAUUACUUUCAUUGGUCGACAUCGGGAUCUAUUUGCAUCGACUAGGAAUUAUAAGUGGUUGUGUGGGUACGGAGAAGCACCUGAGGAGGACAUGAAGCCUCAACAGAGCACCGCGGAGCAUAUCCCUUCCGCAACCGUCAGGUUAUAUUGA